GGCUCUGACGGCAGAGGCCUCGGCGACCGCUAACGGCGACGGCGACGCCGCGGAGCGCGCAGGGCGGGGGCAGGGCCCGGGUGGCCGACAUGGAGAACUCGCAGCUCUGUAAGCUCUUCAUCGGCGGCCUGAACGUGCAGACGAGCGAGUCGGGGCUGCGCGGCCACUUCGAGGCCUUCGGGACGCUGACGGACUGCGUGGUGGUGGUGAACCCCCAGACGAAGCGCUCCCGCUGCUUCGGCUUCGUCACCUACUCGAACGUGGAGGAGGCGGACGCCGCCAUGGCCGCGUCGCCGCACGCGGUGGACGGCAACACGGUGGAGCUGAAGCGCGCCGUGUCGCGGGAGGAUUCGGCGCGGCCCGGCGCGCACGCCAAGGUGAAGAAGCUGUUCGUGGGCGGCCUCAAGGGCGACGUGGCGGAGGGCGACCUGAUCGAGCACUUCUCGCAGUUCGGCGCCGUGGAGAAGGCGGAGAUCAUCGCCGACAAGCAGUCGGGCAAGAAGCGCGGCUUCGGCUUCGUCUACUUCCAGAGCCACGACGCGGCCGACAAGGCGGCGGUGGUCAAGUUCCACCCGAUCCAGGGCCACCGCGUGGAGGUGAAGAAGGCGGUGCCCAAGGAGGAUAUCCACGCGGGCGGCGGGGGCGCGCGGCGCAGUGCCUCACGAGGGGGCGGGGCUCAGAUUCCUGUCCGCGGCGGCGGCGGUGGCGGCGGCCGAGACCAGAACGGGCUGGCCAAGGGCGGCGGCGGCUACAACAGCUACGGCGGUUACGGGGGCUACGGCGCCUACGGGGGCGGCGGCGGCGGCGGCUCGUACGGCGGCAGCGACUACGGCAACGGCUUCGGCGGCUUCGGCAGCUACAGCCAGCACCAGUCCUCGUACGGGCCGAUGAAGGGCGGCGGCGGCGGCAGCUGGGGCGGCCGCAGCAACAGUGGACCGUACAGAGGCGGCUACGGCGGCGGCGGCUACGGCGGAGGCUCGUUCUAGAAGCCGGCUUGCGGAUGCCGGGCGGCGGCGGCGGCGCUUCUCCCCUCCGCGCCCGCCCCAGGUGCCCUCGGGGGAGCCGCUUACCCGGGGGGGAACACCCCCCCCUGCCUGCCUGUCUCCCCCUGAAGGUGGACUCGGCCCCACACACACAUUUUUGUGUUACAGUCAUUGAUGGACUCUAUUUUUUUAUUAUUACUUGGACCUUGGUCGUUUUUAUACUAGCAAAAAUGUCUUGUUUUAAUUUGUGUUUUUUUGGGGGG